AUAAAAACAUAACGCAGUGAACAAAAAAAAAGAAAAGAAAAAAACAUAACGCCCUUUCCUCAAAACCAUUAACCGAUCCAAUUAGCAAUCGAUAACGUGAUUCUCUGAUCGACGGAGAACAAACUCCGCCGCAACAUUCACCUCCGAUCGACUCCUCCCUCCGCCGCAACAACGCAGUGGAAGAUGACAUCUACUACUAGCGGACCGAAGAUCUCAAUGUUCGGUGCCAAAUCUGGAUUCGUAAUCCCUAAAAACAAGUUAUCCGGAUCACUGAUCCCCAUUUUACAACGCGGCGGCAAGGAUAACGGAACGCUCACGAAGCUAGGGAAGAGGAAGACUAAGUGGGGACCUGAUUUGACGCAAGACGUUUCAGUCAAGAAGAGCAGAGUCUCGGCUUACCAGAAACGCUUGGAUCAAAUUACGCAGCAAUUGGAAUCGGGAACUCAUGAAGCCGAGGCUAAUAGAGAAACCAACGGUGAUAUUGCUGAACAUCUGGAGUUUGAAAAACGUGAAGCAAUUGGGGAGAUACUUGAGUUGAAUCCGAGGUUUAAGGCUCCACCUGACUAUAAGCCUGUGCUGAAAGAAGCUAGAUUGCCGAUUGAUGUCAAGGAACAUUCUGAUUUUAGCUUCCUAAGUCUCAUAUUUGGUCCCCAAGGUGAUACGCAGAAACAGCUCGAAAAAGAGACUGGAGCCAAAGUACAAGUUUUUGGUACUAAAACAGGAGGAGAGAAGGUUGAACUUUCUCCAUCAGAUGAAAAUGAGAUCCAGACGUCCUGGCAAGAAUUAUAUUUUCAGAUAUCAUCCGACACUUACGAAAAAGUAGAUGCAGCUAUUGCUGUAAUUGAGCUGCUUAUCUCAUCAGUGUCUGGAAAUACAGGAGCUGAGGCUGCUCCUCCAUCUUCUAAUUCCGAAGACGUUUCAACCGUUCCAGGCAACAUUAACGCGACUGCUGACCCAAACUCUGAACAGCCCACUGACAGCUCUGGCCAACCACCAGAAACCCAACUCGAAGAGCGUGGUUCCUCUUUUCCGUUGGCUUCAAAUCAAGUUCCAUUUCAUCCACCUCUUAAUCCCUCUGCUCCAAGUCUUGGUAAUCGUAUCCCGGAUCAAGAACUGCCAACCAAUCCUCUUUUUGCACAGCAACCAAUUCCAGUUCAUCAUAACACAUCAUUACGUCCUGACUUUCAAGUCCCUCGUCCACCAGAUUUGUUCUCUUUUAACCGUUCCAGCACACCAAGGCCCUACUCCGUGGUUCAACCAGGUUUUUCGACUGUGCCUCCAUAUUCUGGCAGUCAGGUACAACCAAUGGGACCACGAUCUACAAUGAGGCCGUCAACCCUAUCAACGUUCCAACCUGUACCUAGCAGUGGAUUUAGACCCACGCUGUUGCCAGACAUAAUCUCAAGCAACAUGUCCCAAUCAGUACGGCCUCUGGCUCCGGUAGCUCAUCAGCUAGGUACUGAACUACCAUCAGUUCCCUUUCCCUCGAGUAUCAAUCUGAAACAUCUAACAGAAUAUGCUUCUUCUGGUUCUCUGCGUCCCAUGUCGGUGUCAGCACAUAUUGCUGGCAGGCCUGCUGGUCCUCUUCCUACUUAUCCAUCCACGAAUACAGCUCCAAGGCCAUUUCACGGGGAUUUCGGUUUCCAUCCACAAGCACAUAUAUCUCCUAGACCCAACUCUCAAACAAUUCAUCUCCCUCCUCUGAUAUUUCAAGCCCCAUCCGUCAGUCCAGCCUCCCAACAUUUUGGGCAAAGCUUCACAAGAUCACAGCAGUUUGGGAGGCAGAUGGAUCAACCCCUGCGCCACCUGCCUGGACCAUUUCAUGGUAACGUGAGAUCUUCCAACUUGCAGACCUUUGGACCUCCGUUGCCUCAGGUGAUGCCUAGGAACUUCCCUGAAGCUCAGUUCCCGCAACGUUCUGCUCUUUUCCCUCCAAGACCAGUGUUUCAUAGUGAUAACCUGAAUCCAAAUGGCCAACCACAGAUUCGCCACCGGUUUAACGCAGGUGUGCAUCAAGUAUAUGAUCCUUUUUCACCUAGUGACGCAUGAUGACCCAUUAGUGUUUGUUUUUUUCAUUACCGAGGAAAAAGAGAUAAUAUUGGAUAUAAUUUUCCUAACAGAAGUUCUAAAGCACUGGCUUUGUCUUUUUCCAUGUAUAAAUGCUCGUCUUUUGUGA